UUGUGUACCGAUGGAAAACUCAGUGAUUGCUGCCCUGCACAGGAAGUUUGAAGACAGGCGUUGGAAUGAGACUUCCCAGCUUGUCCAGAGAUGCAUGGAGAAAUCCCGAGAUGCGUCCAAACCCUGUGAGCCUCUGAUUCGAGCCCUGAGAAGACUUCAGGAAGUGAUCAGCAUGUCGCUGAACUGCAUGAUGUCCUGCUUGGAGAUGAUUGGCAAAGAUCUCGGGGUGGGCUUCCACAGGACUGUGACCACAUGUUACCUGACAGCUGACCUGUUUUAUGUGGAAGUGACACUUCUGCCAUGCGGGACAGUGACGGAGGUGAUCGUGGCCCCACAUGGAAAGCCUCCCACUGUCAGCCAGAAUCUCCUUCACCUGCUGAGGUUGCAAAGGUUUUCAGACUUCUCCGUUCAUUUGGAAGCUCUCUUCGCACAAUACAACCUCCCUGGAAACAAGGAAACCAAAUUGAAAUUGUUGACUUCUUUACAAUGCCUUGAGAAAGACUUCACUGAAAUGUCACAUCUGCUGGGACUGUGGGAAUUCCCCAACUUUCACGAGAAUUUAAUCAACAAUGGGAUGCUUGGUAUUCUAAUUGCAAACAAAGAAGAUUAUCCUUUGUCUAUCAAGUUUUUUGUGCCUCCAUCAGACGGAAGCCAGACCUCAGGAUCAUGCAUGGAGGCAUUCGUACACACCGCCCAGGUUAUAGUAGGUGCCAGCGAAGUGAGUCACAAGCUUCAGAUGGCUUCAGUCCUCCUGCAGCCUCCACAGCUGAAUGUGCAGCGCCGUCCUGUGUUCCUGUCGAUAGAUGCAGUCCGACACGAGACG